AUGAAGGAAGUAAGAGUAUUGAAACAAAGUCGUGCCCGAUGCAUAGGUAAUGUAACAAGGAUAUUGACUUACCUGGAUUCAGAUGAGCCAAAAAAUGUAAACGACGCACAAGUACGAUUAGCAAGACUCUCAGAAUUGUGGAACAGAUUUGAGGAAAUACAGAACGAGCUUGUCGAAGCAAGGCCGGAGGCAAGCAAAGCAGAACUUGAAGCGAUACAGGCAGAGAACGAAGCCGAAGGGCAACUCUUUGAGGUCGGCUACUACAAGGCAGCAGCGAGGCUUCAGCAGAUCAUUACAGAGGCCACACGUGCAGAUCGAGCAGCGCAGACACCUCAACCUGUUGCAGAAAGGAAUCAGCAGCAGCGGAGAAGCAAACCAAAGCUCCCAGAAAUAAAAUUACCAGAGUUCAGCGGAGAUUUCACGAAGUGGAUUUUCUUCAAGAAUAGUUUUGAAACUACCAUACACAGCGAUCCGGAUUUAACACCAAUGCAAAAACAUCAAUAUUUGGUAGGCCAGCUUCAAGGAGAAGCACGUCAGGUCAUUCAGGGAUUCACUAUAUCCGACGAAAACUACGAAAAUGCUUGGGAGCUUCUAACGGACACCUACGAUAACACCAUGCUCAUAAUUGAAACACAUCUUGAAGCGUGA